GCUCAGUGACGUGGUGCUGACGGCUGCCUUCGGACCGAGACCUGCUUCUGAACCUGGACGCGAAUUAAAGCUCGUCCGUGGCGGAUUCGGAUCAUGUACAAUGGAGACUUCCAUAACUGAAGCAGAUUUAAUUGGCAGCAGCUACGUUCGCAUUACUAAACUUUGCUGUGAACAGGGUGGGGCAUAUCCUGCAAAAUAUUCACAAGUUAAGACAAAUCUAGAACUGGAUAUCUGCAAAAUCUGGUGUAGUAAGCCACUUCAUGUCCUUCGAGAUUACUGUGAUGUCAUUAAAAUAUACAUCUUCUGGCCACUUCUUUUUCAACGAGAACAGACUCCUGUAGUGUCUCAGUUACAUCCUUGUAUAGAUGUCAGCUCUAGUACUUGUGAAUUAAGUUUGAAGAGACUACAGCAUAUUGAAUUGCUGGAAGAUAUUGUGGAUUUGGCAAAGAAAGUUGUGGAUGAUCAAUUUUUUAUUGGUGGUAUAUUGAGAAUUGGUUAUAAAAUAGAAAAUAAAAUCUUGGCAAUUGAGGAGGCUUUCAACUGGGUGAAAUAUACAGGGGAAUUCAGAGUUCUGCGUAAAUUGGAAAGGGCUGAAAAUUGUUGGCCUAUGCUAAGUAUUUUCUUUACUGAAUACAAGUACCAUAUAACCAAAGUUGUCCUGGAAGACUGUAAUUUAGUUGAAGAAUUUGAAUAUCAGAAUUGUGCUGCUUGUAUAAAGGAAGGUGAAAUUAUGAAAACAAGAGGAAAUGAAGAAUUCUCAGAAGAGAGGUUUGAUACUGCUAUCACAUAUUAUACCAGAGCAAUUGAAUUUAGACCUGAAAACCACCUUCUUUAUAGUAACCGAGCUCUUUGUUUCCUUAGGACUGGUCAAUUCAAGAGUGCACUUGGUGAUGGAAAAAGGGCCACUAUUCUGAAAUACAAUUGGCCAAAGGGCCAUUAUCGUUUUUGUGAUGCUCUUUCAAUGUUGGGGGAGCAUUCCUGGGCCCUAGAAGCAAAUGAGAGAGCUCAACAUCUUUGCCGAAACUACCCAGAUGGAAUGAAGGAUCUUACUCAACAGAACAUAAAAUUACAAAAACAAGUGGAAGAAUUAAGAGGUUCAAAACAUGGUAGUCAUCAGAUAAGGAAAUCGUUUUAUGGAAAAAGGUUAUCUUCAGGUUAUAAUUCUCCAAAACCUUUACAUUAUGGUUUUCUUAAUUUUAUGGAAACCAAUGAAGAAAACAAAGUAUUGAAAUUAGCAUCAAAAUAUCGUGAUUAUUAUCAUUAUCAGAAUUUGAAGGUAUCUCGUGAAAUUAUGAAAUUAGAAAAUAAAGACUAUCCUCCAGAUUUGCCACCAGGUCAUAAUCCUAAAUUUAAAGGAAAAUCAAAGAAUAAAAGCGAUGAUGUAGGAAAACCAAGCUUACAACUGAAUUUACAAAUAGAUUUACAAAGCUUAUUGGACAAACAAUUCAGUAAAUCCUCCAGAGCUGUACAACAGGAUUUUGCUAUAUUGAUAAAAAUGCUGCAGUCCCUCAUUGAAGAAGGUUGUACAGCUUUGAUGGACCAACAUUGUCGUAGUGCAGCCAAAGCUUUUUCACGGUUGUUAAGUGAUUUAGAUCCCAAUAAAUUGAAGCAACUGAACCUUGCCCUUAUUAAUUAUGUCCUAGUAAUCUAUGGUUAUGCCAUCUCUCUCCUUGGAAUAGGAAUGCCUGAGGAAUUAUCAGAGGCUGAAUAUCAAUUUAAGAGAAUUAUUGAGCAAUACCCCAAUGAAGGAGUUGAUUGUUUAGCCUAUUUUGGAAUUGGAAAAGUAUAUUUGAAAAAAAAUAGAUUUUCAGAUGCACUUGGUCAUUUUCAAAAAUCUAAAACUAUGAUUAAACUUAUUCCUGGAGUGUUGACUUGGCCUACAACUAAUGUGAUUAUUGAAGAGUCUCAAGCUGAGAAAUUGCAGUUGAUAUUGGAAAAUCAUAUUGAAGAAUGCAAAUUUCCACCAGAUCCAGAUGCAGUUUGUUGUUAUCAGAAGUGCAAUGGAUAUUCCAAAAUCCAGAUAUAUUUAAAUGAUCCAGACUUUAAGGGUUUUAUACGAAUUAAUUGCUGCCAGUUUUGUAGAAUAGAAUUUCAUAUUAGCUGUUGGAAAAAAUUAAAAACAACAAUUUUCAAUGAUAAAAAUGACAAGGAUUUUCUCCAAGGAACAUGUCUUACUCCUGACUGUAGAGGUAUUAUUUCUAAGAUUGUUAUCUUUGGUGCAGCUGGCCAUAUUAAAUGUGAAUUUGAACAUAGGGUCACAAAAGAAAGGUAUCCACCAAGACCUGUUAUGAAGCAGAAAUGUUCUAGCUUAGAGAAAUUGAAAAUUAAAGAAGAAAAAAAAGUAAAGAGAAAACUUCAAAAAAAAGAAGCACAAAAAAUAGCAAAAGAGAGAAUGGAAGAGAAAACUAGAGAAAAUAACUCAUCUAAGCAUGGCGACCAUAAAGGAUUUGUACAAAGUUGCCAUUUACCUGAUGAUAGGAUUUUGCUGUGUAUAAAACAAAAUGCUGAGCAAAUUAAAUCUGGCAUCCAGGACGCUUCCAAACUUCUCAGAGAAUUACUUUCUUGGAAAGUAAUAAGCACAGAGGAUUAUGCAGAUACUUAUUUUAAUAGCGGUUUGCUGAGUGAAAAAAUGGAGCAUCUCAUUGACCAUUUGGUACGGAAAAACAAUAGAGUAAAUACAAGGAUUUUUCUGCAUGUACUGAGUGAGAUUGAAGAAAUAAAUCCCAAACUACGAGACUGGAUCCAGAAACUCAAUAGUUUAGGUUUGGAUGCUACAAGGACGUUUUUUUCUCGUUAUGGUGAUUCUGUUAAAAAGCUUGAUUUUAAAUUCAUAUCUAUGCUCUGGGUUGAAAAAUAUGGUCAUAAACUAGAUCACAUAAUAUCCAGUUAUGAAGAGAGAAAGAUAGUUGAAUAUUCCAAUAAUCAAGGAUCAUUGAAGGAAGCUCGUUAUAUUAUAUGGCUAUUAGAAGAAAAUAGAGAGAAGUUUCCAGCACUGCAUAAUGCUUUAGAUGAAUUCUUUGAUAUAAUGGAUGGUCCUUGCACAAUAUUAAAGAAGCAAGAGACUGAAGAUAUUUCAUCUAAUGGUAUUAAGGUAAAAAACAAAACCAGAAAAAAGAAGCACAAGGAAUCAAAGCCUGUUAUCAUACUCUCUGGAGUUGGUGGAGUAUCACAAAAUGAUGAUAAAGUUGGUACAGAUGAAAGUACUUUACUUCAUUCGAAUUCUUAUGACCCAUUUGUAGUACCUGAAUAUCUUCGAGAUGAAGUAGAAGAAUUUGAAGCUUUAUAUGAAAAAAAUAGUUCAAAUAAUUGUAAUUAUCAGAAGUUAUUGGACAGUAACUUAGAUCCAAAAUGUGAACCAUUAUAUGACUAUUUUUCUCAGAUCCUGGAAGAACAUGGUCCUUUGGAAAUUGAUGACAAAUUAUUGGUUGGAGAAUAUGAACAUUUUCCUGAAGAAGCUAGGAAGAUUGUGGAGGAAGCAGGAGGCUUAAAAUCUUUUCUGUUAGAUUCUCUUCGUUUUGUUAUGAUAGACAAUUAUAUUGGAUUGAUGAAAGAUACUGUUCAACUUAAGAAAAAUAAGACCACUGGAACUGAUGUGGAAGAAAGUACUAGUUUGGAUGAGAAAGACUCACUGAUUUUCUCUCCACGCUUUCAGAAAAAUGCUUCCCAGCUCAAACUACAGUUGAAUCCAGCAGCUAAGGAAUUUAAACCAGUAACUUGUAAUUCUUUCAUACCAGCAUCUAAAAAUAAAAAAACAAAUAGGGCUGCAAAGUAUGUAACAACAGGAUAUGUGUCAUAUAUUCCUUUUAAUACAGUUUUUUCUAAUCAAGGAUUUGACACCAGUAACACAUCAGUGUCUUAUGCAAAUAUGUUGCCACAGUCAUCUCAAUGCAUUAGUUUAUAUACAACUGUAUCUGAUGUAUCUUCUGAUUAUCCAAAAAAAAGAAAACUACCAUUGGUGUCAGCUGUACCUCCUAUGACAGAUAGUGACAAAAGAGAUAAUCUUGACUCUGCCAAUUCUGAGGCAUGUAAUGUAAAUGUUGAAAGACCAAUGCUUGAAAAAGUAUGUUCCUCUGGUAAAUCUAAUUGUGAAAAAAAGAUGCGUCAGAAUACUCAGAAAACAACUCUAAAGGCAGAAAUAUGUAAAAAUAAUACUGCCAAAGAUGCAUGCAUUGGAAAUAAUGAUCAUUGUGAUCUUGGCACUAGUAAACUGGAACGAGAGAUGAAAAAUACGGCUGUCAUCAAAAAUACUCCAUGUAUACGAAUGGUUGCCAUACAGGUAAAAAGUGACUUAAUGCAUCAGGAAGUUAAUACACUGCCUUUUGGUCCAUUUGAAACCCAACAAGGUGAUAUUUUACGAAUGGAAAAGGAACAUCAGGUGUUACAAGAGCAACUUAAAGAAGCAAGGGAAAAAUACGAACAAUUAAAAUGCAGAAGUACAGAGGAAACCAGAGAGGUGGAAGAAAAACUGAAAAGAACAAUAGAAGAAAAUAAGAUUUCCAAGACUGAAUUGAAUUGGUUCCAUCAAGAUUUGGAAAUAGAAGUGAAAAAAUGGCAACAAGAAAAAAAGGAAAAUCAAGAAAAAUUGAAAACUUUAAGAAAUAAAGUUAAAAAGCUUAACGAUACUCAUGAAAUAUAUUCAAGAAAUAAUGAAGAAAAGGAUCAACAGUAUGCAUCACAUUUGGAUGAAUUUCUCAAAAUCAGUAAUAAAUUUGCAAAUGAAAAAUUGAAAAUGGAGGAACUUAUAAAAAAGGGAAAAGAGAAUUAUCAAGAAACGAUUAAAAGAGCCGUGGCUGCAGAGGUGUCCAUACUUGAAAAUUGGAAGACUACUGAUGUGAGUAAAUUACAGAACACUGCAUCAAAAGCAGAAAUGUAUGUUAAGAAUCUAAAGUUAAUGAACAGAUCAGUGGUUUUUCCAAUGAGUGAUUCUGCAUCAUCUCUUAAUUUGGAAUCAGAGAUUAAUCACUGGGAAUCAUUUAUUUCAGAAAUAAAAAAAGAAAUUGAAAAGGCAGAGUUUGAGUUUGAGGAUCGAAUUCAGAAAGUUAAAGCAGGUUCUCAACUGGAUAAACUUUCUAAAGUAAAAGUUCCUGAAUUUCCAUUACCUACGGAUAAUUUAUUCAUUCAAGACAAGCCUGCUGAUAUUAAUGAUCCAGCCUCUAUGACAUAUUCUGCACAAGUUCAUUCUGACUUAUUUUCUGAAUAUGAUGAUCAAAGUCCAGUGAUUAUCCCAGCUGACUUAUUAACUGGAAGCCAAGCCCUGACACUUGAGAACACAAAUCUACAUUCUGGCAAUGAUUGCUCAGAGGAGAUAACUUCUGUACUUUUACAAGCAUCUUAUACUGAUCCAUGUCAGGUCACCCAGCCAUUACCAAUUGUUAAGAGUUCUGAAAAGGAUACUCAAAUUAAUCAAAGUUCCAAAGGUGUUUCACAAACACAUGCCAGUUCUCCAAACCAGCCACAGAAGAAACAUUUUAACAAUGUAAUUGAGCAUCUGGCAACCAUAUUCCCAAAUUACAGCAGUGUUGAGCUUUUGAAUUUUAUCCAAAAAGUACAAAAUCAAGACAGAACUACACAUGCAAGUUUGGAGUCUGAUGAAAUUGUCAGAAGAGUAACAGAACUUAUUCUAGAUGAGCAGAAUAAGAAACUGGCAGUUCAAGGAACAGACAUGAGUGGUGCAGCUGAAUCUUCUGAUCUUAGACAUUCAGCAGAAAAUGUGUCAGUAUCUAGUUCCUCCAUAGUCCCAGCUUCCGAAACACUUGCCAGCAAACCCUGGGUAGUUGUUGGAGGACCCUCCAAGUCAAAGUGGCAAAAAUCAAAUGAUUCCCCUGUCUCCAAUGAUGAUCCCUGUAUAAUAUGCUAUGAAGAGCUAAACCAGGAACAUGUAUGUGAGAUGGAUUGUGGGCACCAGUUUCAUAAAUGGGCAACAGCUACUGACCCUGAGAUCCCACUGCUGAUCAACACAGAAGAUCUGACCUACUCUGUUUCUGACUUGGGCCAGUUUACCCCUCCUUAGGCAGCACGACCUAGUGAAGACACCCAGUCAACAUCCAAGCUCAAGUAAUCUACCAUGUUCAAAUAACUAUGAACCAUCACACCUGGCACAAUUUUGUUUUUAUCUAUUUGAAAAGAUUGAUGAUAUGAAUCAUUCUUCCCUUUCCUUCCUCCUAUUCCUCUGCCCAAUCUCUGUUUAUUUGAUAUAAUGUGAUGGUCUUAAUUUAUACUUUCCUACUAUUGAUUCCAAGAAAUCUGUGUAUAAAUCCAAGUACUGUUUCCUGAAGUGCUGCAGGAUUUAAACAUAUAAUAGAAAAAUAAAGCAAGUGAAUAGCCUACAUUGUUAUUCCAGACAUUGGCUAUUUCCCCAGCAUUAAUAUAGCUACAGCUUUGGAUGGAACUUCAUCUGCCACCUGACCCCUUUUAUUAUUUUCCAUUUCCAGUUCUGAAAUCAUUGGUCACACCAAAAUGGUGACACCUCAUUGUAAAGCAGAAAAAUAAAUAUUCUCCUUUGUGUGCUACCCACUAGCAUACAAAACUAUGUGACACUUGACCCAUCCAUUAUUCUCUCUCUCUCCUCUUCAAUCUCAUCUCACUGUAUUAACAUCUUCUUUUUCUCAAACCUGUUUCCCUCAUUCUUAAAAAUAUAGAUGACCUUCAGUUAUCACACAUAUCCGUGCCUAUUUUCUGCCAAACAUCUUAGGAAGAUAUCCAUUUUCUCACCACUCAGUUACUUUUCAGUUUCAUAUAAUUUCUGUCCCCUCCACUACUGAAAAUCUCUCUUCAAAGUUUUGCUUUUAAUCAACAAAAAUCUAUAUUCUCUCACCCACCUUCCUUCAUUGAAAAAAAAAGAAAAACAUUUUGUUUUGUAGUAAAUAUGCAGUUAGGCAAAACAAAUUCCCAAAUUGAGUAUGUCUGGAAAAUAUGUCUUCAUUCUAUACCACGAUUAUAUUAUUUCUCCAAACGGGUGCAUAAAGAGGCAUGCUUAAUUUUUUUAAAAAUGCCUUUCUUUAUCUUGCCCAUGCUGGAGGCCGCAGUGGGCAUUCAAAUAGCCCUGAUCAGCAGGAAGCUUUGACCUGCUACUUUUCCAAUCUGGACUAGAUUGCCUCUCAUGACUGGUGGCCCCCUGCUUUUCAAGGUAUCAACUAUAUUGUACCAGAUUGAAACACCUGAUCAGCUUUUGCCCACUGCACCUCAACACUCGAGCUCUACAAGCCUCAGGUUCCCUGGUAGCAAGAAUAAGGCAUACCACAUCUGCACUAGUACCUAGCUUCAUGAUUGAACCUCUGGAACCAUAGAGUUGGUCAUUAUAUUGAGUCAAAGUUAUUUGUCUUUAUUAUUAUUAUGUAAAUUUUUCACUUGGUCCUGUCCUAUGCAACUGUUUUCAUGUCUUUUAUAACAUCAUUUAUGUAUUUUAUUCAUAUGUAUUUCAUUCAUGAAUGUGAAUUAUACAAAUGGUACUGUAUUUUAUAUAUAACAUAUGUGUGUAUGUUACAGAACAAUCAUAUUCUGCUCCUUUCAUAGACCACAAUUUGUUCUGUCAUUCCCCAAUUAAUAGUCAUCCUCUUCAUUUCCAAUUCUUUGCCACCACAAAAAGAGUUAAAAUAAAUAUUUUUAUACAUAUAGGUCUUUUCCAGCUCUCUUUAAUCUCUUUUGGGGUAUAAGUCUUAUAGUGGUAUUUCUGGACCAAAAUGCAGGCACAAUUUGGUGAUUUUGGGAUAUAAUCCCAGAUGGAUUUCUAGAAUAGCUAGAUCAAUUAACAGUUCCACCAAGUUUCACUUUAAUAUACCUUUUCCCUGCAAUCCUCCAACAUCUUCCUUUUCCAUCUUCUUUACUAACUUGAUGGAUAUAAAGUAUAACCCAACCUUAGCUGUUUCAAAGUAUAUUUCCAUAUUGAUUAAUAAUAUUUUUUAACAUGGGUAUGUAUUAUGUAUUCAAGAUUUCUUCCUCUAAAAACCACCUAUUUAUAUCCUAUUUCCAUUUUUAUAUUGGCAAGUGGUUUUAAGUACUAUAAAUUUGAAGUAAUCCAUUAUAUAUCUUAAAAAAAGACCAUUAUCAGAUUUAAACCCCUCAGAUUUCUUUUUCUCUUAUAAUUUUAAUUGCACUGGAUUUGUUUGUAUAAAAACUUUUAUAUAAUCAAAAUGAUCAGUUUUCCUCUUAUGACCUUUUCUAUAUCUUGGUCAUAUCUGUAGAUAGGACAAAUAAUUUCUUUGUCUUUUUUGUUUGUUUAUAAGGUUAACUUUUAUGUCUGUCAUGUACCCAUUGAUAGCUUAUCUUGGUAAACAGUGUAGAGUAUGACUCUCGACCCAUUUUCUGCUUGACUGCUUUGUAAUGUUUCCAACAGUUUUUGUUCAAUAAUAAGUCCUUAUUCCAGUAACUAGAAUAUUUAGGGUUUUUCAAAUAUUUGACUACUGUGCUCUUUGGCUUGUGUUUCUAAUCUGUUCCUGAUUGACCUUGUUUCUUAACCAGUCUCAUAUUGUUUUGAUGAAUUACUGCUUUAUAAUAUAACUUAAGAUCUUGUACUGUGAAGUCUUCUUUUCAACUUUUUUUCUGUCAUUUUCCUAGAGAUUCUUGACCUUUUUUUUUUGUCCACAAAAUUUUAUUUUUUCUAGUUCUAUAAACCAAUCCUUUGGUAAUAAGUGAAUUUAGAUAGGAUUUAUUGUCAUUUUUAUUAUAUUGUCUCAACCCUACCUAUGAACUGUCAAUAUUUCUCCAGAUAUUUAGGUCUGUCUUUAUUUCUGUAAGUUAUAUACAGUAGUUGUAGUUCAUGUGUAUCUUAAUAAGUAGACUUCCAAAUAUUGUGUAUGUCCCAUAGUUAUGAAUGGAAUUUCCUUUUUUACUUUUUCUUGAUGGGUUUCUUAGUAAUAUAUCAGAAUAUUAUUGGUUUAUGUGGAUUUAUUAUAACUUGUAACUGUUAAAGUCAUUCAUUCCAAUUAAUUUUUAGUUGACUCUCUAGGAUUCUUUAAUUAAGCCAUCAUAUUACUUACAAAAAGCACUAAUUUUGUUUCCUUUUUACCUGUGCUUAUUCCUUCAUUUUCUUUAUCUUGCAAUAUUGCUAAUACUAGCUUUUCUAUCAUUAUAUCAAAUAAUAGUAGUAAUCACGGAUAUCCUUAUUUUACUUACUGAUUAUAAUGGAAACACUUAAGUUUAUUGCCAUUAUAUAUAACGUAGGUUCUUAAUUUUUGAUAGAUACUAAUUGUCAUAGCAAAAAAAAAAUACAUACCUGCAUACAAUUUAUAUACAUAUUUAUAUAUGUACAUAUAUACAUAUAUAUAUACACACACACACACACUUGCUUUCUAGUUUUUUUUUUUGUUUGUUUUUUAAACAGGAAUGGAUAUCUAGUCAAAAGAUUUUUCUAUAUCUACUGAUACAUGAUUUUUAUUAUUCUUGUUAUUGAUAUGGUCUAUUAUGUUGAAAAUUUCCUAAUAUUGAAUGUAGGUAUCUGCAUUCCUGAUGUAAUUCCAAAUAUUAAGGAACCAUUCUUCAGUAUUGUACAAGAUUUAGCAACUAUCAUUUAAAAGAACAAAACAUGAAAUUAUCCAAAAGACAAAGAUCUACAGCCAAUAAUAUUUUAUCCAAGAAAACUGAGUAUAAUCCUACAAAGGAAAAAAAAAAGUAUAUCUUCAGUGAAAUAGAGUACUAGCAAAUAUUCCUAAUGAGUGAAAAAAAGAGUUAAAAAGAAACUUUGAAAUAUAAAUUCAUAAAUGAAGAAAAAAAACUUGAACAAUCAGAAGGGACAGUCUGAUGGAAGGUGGGUUGUUGAAAAGUUCUUUUAAAACUAUUGUCACAAAGAGUUAUAGAGAGUUAUUUGAGACAGAAUUUCUAUAAUAGUUUCAUUUUUUAAAAAAUGUUUUUAAAAUGUAAGAAUUAAAAAGGGGAAGGAUAAAUUAAAGAGAGGUGGGAGAAAAUAUGGGGGAUCUUGAGGCACAUAAUCAAGUUGUGCAAAUAGGUCUAUAUCAAACAUGAAAAGAAUAGGGGGGAAACAGAUCUCUUAAACUUCACUUCCAUUUAAACUGUUCAAAAGAGAAAGCAUAGACAUGCACAUACAAACACAUACACUUUUAGUGUGAAAUGCAUUUAAUUCAAUAGGGGAAAAAAUAGGGAAGAAGGAUAGAUUCAUGGAACAAUUAAUCAUAAGCAAAAACAAACCUUAAACUUGGGAAGGUGAUAAUGAAAAAAAGAGGAAUAAAAAGAAAGAGUAAUAAUUUAAAAUAAGUAGGAAUUAAGGAAUAUAGAGAAGAAAAAAUGUAAAAGGACAGAAGAGAGAAACAAACAGUUAACUAUUAAUGUGAAUGUGAUGAACAGAAGAAAUGAGCAGAAUGGACAAAAGCAAAAUCUAAUAUGUUGCUUAAAUGAAACACCUGAAAAAAAAUGCAAUAAUUGUAUAAAGUAAUGGUUGGAGCAAAAUCUAUUAUGCUUUAGCUCAACACAAGAAAGCAGGGAUAGUGAUUAGGAUUUCUGAUUAAAAAAAAAAAUUGGCAAAGCUGAAAAACAAAACAAAACAUUGAUUUAAGGAUUAAAAUCAGAAGCUAUUUCCCCCCAGGGAAAAACAAUAAAAUAGUUGAAUCCUUAGGUAAUUUGGUUGAAAAGAAGAAAGAAAAAUUAAAUUACCAGCAUAAAUAAAUGAAAAAAGGAAUAUUCACAACAAAUGAAGAAGAAAUAAAGGAUGCUCUUAGCAAUUUUUAGCCAUCUCUAUGUUAACAAAACUGACAACCUAGAUAAAAUAUAUUAAUAUUUACAAAAAAUAUAAAAUAUCCAGAUUAACAGAAGAAACAGAAAAUUUAAACACCACAGUUUGGUUGAAAUUGAACAAAUUAUAAAUGAAAUUCCAAAAGAAAAAAACACAGGACCAGAUGGAUUCAAAAGUGAAAUCUAUGAAACAUUCAAAAAAUAACUCCAAUAUCAUAUAAAUCAUUUGCAAAAAUUGCAAAAGGAAUCCUACAAAAUUCUUUUCAUGACAUAAAUAUGGCCUUUACAUACAAGGACAUUCAAAACAAAAAGAAAACUGUAGAUCUCCCUAAUAGCAUAAUUAGCACCAAAAAAAAGCCAAAAUAAUAUAUCAGAAAGAUUAUGUACUAUGAUUAGGUUGGAAGUAACAGUUAAAUAAUGUACCUUUCCUUUAAAUGGUUAAUAUGUAUCUAAAAUAAAGAACUUCCAUUUUUUGCACAUGAUAAAGGAAUUCUUUCCAGUUAAUUCACUGUUGAAAUAAGGACAUCCACUGUCACCACUUCUUGAAUUGAUAUGCUUAGCAAUGAGACAAGAAAAAGAAAUAAAACUACCUUAAUAAAGAAGAAAAACAUUAACACUUUUUGCAGAUAUGAUAUACUCAAAGAACUUAGAGAAUCAACUACAAAAAUUGAAUUAAACAAUAAUUUCAUCAAACUUAGAGGAUAUAAAAUAAAUUCAUACAUCAACAAAAUUUCUAUAUGAUUGCAGUAAAAUUCAGAAGGGAAAGCUAAAAAUAGGAAUUGAAUUUAAAUAACUUCAGAAUGUUUAACUACUUGGCAUUCUACCUUCGAAGAUAUAUACAAGAACUAAAUAAAUACAAUUAAAAACAACUGUUUACAGAAAUGCAGAUCUAAGUAAUUGGAAAGAUAUUGUUCAUAUGUGGGCUGAGCCAAUAUAUUCAAAAUGAUAAACUACCUAAAUUUAAUUAUUUGAUGCCAUAACAAACUCCUAAAGAUUACUUUAUAGAACUAUAACAAAUAUUAAUAAUGAUGAAAUUCAUGUGGAAGAAAAAACCAUCAGCAUUUUCAAGAGGAAUAAUAAAAAAUGGGAACAAAGAGAUCCAGCAAGCAGCAUUAAAUCUCAAACUGUACUACAGAGCAACAAUUAUUCAAACAAUUAGGUAAUAUUUUUUAAAUUUUUAAUAAGUAGAUCAGAUUAAUAAUUAUUUAAUACUCUGGUAAUUGAUCAGCAUAAAGAUGGAUACUAGAUAAAUCUUCAUUCAUUUGUUCAUUUAUUUGACAAAAAUAUUGGAAAUAUUGGUUAUUUGUAUGGAAAAGGUUAGAUUUAGACUAACACCUCACACCUUAUAAAAGAUGAACUCCAUUACAGUUAGAGAACCAUUGAAAAAAUAUACCUAUCAAAUCUAUUGCUAGGAGAAAAGUUCAUGCUAGGGAUAGAAAAGAUCACAGAAGAUAAAAUAGGUCAUUUUAAUUACAUAAAGUUUAAAAGUCUUUGCAUAAACAAAUCUAAUUAAGCGAAGAUAAAACAACUGAAAAGUUUUCAACAAGCUUCUCUGAUAAAAGUUUCAUUUCUAAGGCUCUAUAGAUUAGAUAUGUAUGUAUACAUAUGUGUGUAUGUGCUUAUAUGUAAAGAUGUAUAUGAAAUGAAUUAAAAUAAAUAAGAAUAGGAGCCAUUCAUCAUUUGAUAAAUGAUCUAGUGAUAAAAAAUUGUAUUCAAAAGUGAAAUCCAUGCUAUCUAGCUCUAUGAAAAAAAAAAUGCUCCAAAUUAGUAUCAGACAACUAAACUUCUACUUCAUAUCCAUCAAAGUGGGAAGAUUGACCAAAAAAAAGGAAUUUGAUAAAUGUUAGAAAAAUCAUGAGAAAAGAAUCAAAUUAAUGCUCUGUUGGUGAGCCUAUGAAUGACUGCAAUCAUUAUGUAAAGUAAUUGGAAGUUUAUACAGAAAAUUAGUAAGUAGUAUGUUCUCUUUGACCCAAUUAUAUCAUAGGUCAGUAAUCAAGAGAGGCAAGGAAAAAGGAAAAGAUCCUUUAUUUACAAUAUAUUUUUUUUAAUGUUAGUUAAAAAUAACAAACUGGAAACUAAUGGGAUGUUCCUGAAAAAUAACUCAACAGGUCAUGCUACAUAUGAAUGUGAAGGAAUGCUAUUGUGCUACUAGAAAUAAGGAAAUAGAUUACUUCAAGAAGAAAUGGAAACUUUUAUGAACUGAUUCAAAGUGAGAUAGAAGUAGAGUCAGGAAGACAAGUUAUACAUAAUAUCAGUACUAUAAAGAUGAAGAAUUUUUAGGAUGCUUAGAAACUGAUGAAUGAAACAUGAGCCAAAGAACAACAUGUAAUAAUAACAUUGAUAAUGGUCAAAAUAAGCAAUUUUGAAAUCUGUAAGAAUUAUAAUGAAUCCAGUGAUCAUUCCACAUGCUAGAGGAACAAUGAUAAAAAUAUACAGAUACAGUGAUCAUUCCAGAUUCAGAGGAACAAUGAUAAAAAUAUACAGAGAUGUGUUGAAUAUAGGGUGCAGAAUAUGAUGUAUAUUUUUGUACACAGCCAUUGAGGGAAUUUGUUUUGCUUAACUGCAUAUUUGUUAGAAGCAAUUUCUCUUUUUUUUCUUUUUCUUUUUCCAGUCGUUUGAGGAAGAAGAGAAAAUAGAUGAUUUUUUUUCUCAGAGGUAGAGUUGCUAAGAUAUGAAAUUUUGCAUGCAUUUUCAGAUGAUGUUGCUAUAUUAGUAGUUGUCCUUAACUGUUUUACUUUGUUUUAAGAGUCCUCUUGUGAAGUAGGAGUUAUCUGUAAAAGUUUGUAAUGUAAAAAUGAAACCUCAAUAAAACUUUUUUUUCAAGCA